CUCGCUGUGAACUCGCCUCCUCUGAGCUGUAAAUGGUGAAGUCCUCACUCUGAGAGCAACAGAGGGCGGAAUAAGGAGGUCCAAGUGCUUGAGAAACUUACAAGUAGCCGUUCAAAGCAGGAAACAGAGCGGGAACCAAGUGUGGGAUAGGAGAAAACACCACAUAUUACCCCACCCGUGACACACUUUUGGCUGAGGAACCUGCAGAGCUUGUCUGAGCCUGCCCGCAGCAGCAGGUUUAGUGGAGACAUACCUGUACUGUGCAAUGGCUCUGUUGACCCUGCAUAGGAUCCCAUCUAUCGCCACCACUCCCGAUGAAGGCCUCCCAAGACGUGGAAGACUACAGAAAAGGGAGAGCUUCGCCAUUGUAAAGGGGGCCGUGCUUCUGCUGGAAGAGGGUGAAGGGGACCACCUUCAUGAGGAGACACCUCCUACGUCUCCUGACAAGGGAAGUGAUGGAGAGUCAGACAGACGGCACAGGCAGAUUCAUGCCAUGGUGGAACAGCUUAGACCAGAAGAUACCAUCAAGCUGGCGGUGCAGUUGGAGUCGGUCAGCCCAGUCAGAGUCAGAUAUCUGAUCGUCGUCUCCACCCUCGGAAACAAACAGGAGAGCAUCCUGCUGGGAAUGGAUUUCCCCAACUCAGACAGUGACGAGUGCACCAUUGGCCUGGUUCUUCCUGUGUGGAGCGACACACAGGUUUAUCUGGAUGGAGAUGGUGGUUUCAGCGUGACCUCAGCUGAAGAGACCAGGAUUUUUAAGCCCGUUUCCAUACAGACCAUGUGGUCAGUGCUGCAGAUGUUGCACGGCUGCUGUGAGCGUGCAGUGAAGGCAGCGGUGAUCCCAGGAAAUGGUCUUGAAUGGGCCCAACACUACCACCAGCACAUUGAAUCAGACCGAAUCUGCCUCAACGAGUGGGAGGCCAUGGAUGACCUGGAGUCUGUCCGCAAGGAGAGCGAUGGACAGAGCUCUGCAGAACGAACUUCCAAUGAAGGGCUGAUCAAAGAUCACCUGAGAGACAUCAUGAGGACUGAAGACCUUGACAACCUCACAUCAAAAAUGGUGCACACUGCCCUGGAAACCAGGGUAGGCUUUGACGUCAGACCCUAUAAGGAGUACAUCGACAAUGAGAUUCUGGUCACCUUGGCUCAGAUGGACAAACCUUCCAAAAUAUUUGACUAUCUUUACCUGGGCUCAGAGUGGAAUGCAGCUAACUUUGAGGAGCUGCAGAAAAACAAUGUGGGAUAUAUCCUGAAUGUGACAAGGGAGAUCGACAACUUUUUCCCUGAUUCCUUUGCUUAUAUGAACAUCAGAGUGUACGAUGUGGAAACAACUGACCUGCUGCCUCACUGGACGGACACGUACAACUUUAUCAACACUGCAAGAAAGAGUGGACAGGCAGUGCUUGUGCAUUGUAAGAUGGGUGUUUCUCGCUCUGCAUCUACUGUGAUCGCCUACGCCAUGAAGCAGGAGCACUGGCCUCUGGAUGUGGCAUUGAACUACGUUAGAGACUGCCGGUCAAUCAUCAAACCCAACGAAGGCUUCAUGAAGCAGCUCCAGACAUACAACGGCAUCCUCAAGGCUAGCCAGCAGCGUCACAGCACCCUCUGGAGGCGAAAGUCGAGGGACCAAAGGCAAAAGUCAAUGCACAAAGAGGAGGGAGGGGAAGAAGAAAAGCCAGAAGAUGAAGACGAGGAGGAUGAGGAGCUUGAUUCUGAGGAGGAGUUAGAGAGUCCAGAUGAAAAAGAAAAAGAAGAUUCAGCAGAAGACACAGAGGUGUUCAUUGACCCCGCAUCCACAACAGACACCGACCAGGGUCCUAUCAUAACAGUGAAUGCACCAGAAAAGGUGGCUUCAAGUGUGAAUCGCAGUGGCAGGAUGAACCUCUUCUCCCUCAUGCAGUCCAUCAGUGAACUGGAUGAUGAUGACAAAGGACAGAUGCCUGGCAGUCCUCGGCGGUCUCCAGGUCAGAGGAGACGUAGCAUGGGCCGGCGAGGUCUGACUCACCAGAGGGCUUGUGUUGAUGUUUCACCAGAACCAGGAAAACUACCGGACAGUGGACAAAACAAACCUUAAACCCCCAAAGUGAUGGGAGAGCAGGGAGUUACAGGAGGGAGAAGGACAUUAAGGGGAUAAAGAAACGUGUUUGAUGAAGGAGAGGACACCUGAAAAUGUGCUCUGCUAACAUGCCAAGGGUUUUUUGUACACUGAUU